AUGAUGAGGAUCUAUGGCUUAACAAUAGUAUUUCUUUUAUUUAGUUCAACCUUCCGAGUAUCCGAAGCUACCGGUACGUUCGAUGUUACGAAAUACGGUGCGAAAGCUAACGGAGAAGCCGAUAUUAGCAAGGCUUUAUUAAGUGCAUGGGAAGAAGCAUGUGACUCGGUGGGUGUAAGCACAGUUUUGAUACCGAAAGGCAAAUAUGCAUUACGCCAAGUGGAUAUCUCCGGUCCAUGUAAGGGCUCAAUGGUGCUUCGGCUCGAAGGAACGGUAGAGGCGCCGGUCGAUCCUAAUGAACUCAAGGGAGAUUUUUGGAUUGCUUUCAGUCACAUCGAUCAUUUUACAGUCACCGGCGGAGGAACUUUUGAUGGACAAGGUGAAAUGACAUGGAAAAAAUAUAAUUGUAUGGAGAAAAAAGGGUGCAAGGCACUCCCUAUUAGUUUGAGGUUCAAUUUUAUCGAUAAUGCCAUAAUCAAAGACAUAACAUCCCUCGAUAGCAAGAAUUUUCACGUUAAUGUCAUGGGCUGUAAAAAUAUCACUUUCCAACGAUUUAACGUCGUUGCACCAGGGCACAGCCUGAAUACGGACGGGAUUCAUAUCGGACGUUGUAACGGUGUCAAGAUUCUCGACAGCUCAUUCGGUACUGGUGACGAUUGUAUCUCCAUCGGCGAUGCUAGCCAGCAAAUAACAGUGAAAGGAGUGACAUGCGGACCUGGACAUGGCAUUAGUAUUGGAAGUUUGGGAAAAUAUCCAAAUGAAGGACCUGUGUCCGGUGUUUUUAUCUCAAAUUGCACCAUUUUUAAUACUGAUAAUGGUCUUAGAAUCAAAUCUUGGCCAGCUUUGGAAAAUGGCAUGGCUUCUAAUUUGCGAUUUGAGGAUAUUAUAAUGAAGAAUGUCUCCAACCCUAUUCUCAUUGAUCAAAUGUAUUGUCCAUGGAAUCGGUGCAACAAAAAUGGUCAUUCAAAAGUUAAGAUAAGCGAUGUUAGCUUUAAAAACAUAAGAGGCACUUCUACAACGCCUAUUGCAGUCCAACUAAUUUGCAGCAAAGGAAUUCCUUGUGAGAAUGUAAAACUCAGUAAUAUUGAUCUCAAAUUGAUCGGCGGAGGUGCCACCAAAUCUCAAUGUUCUAAUGUCAAACCUGUAAUUACUGGAGUAGUACCUGCUGGAUGUUAAUGCGGAAGAGUUGCACUUAUAUCUUGGUUUAAUUUCUCCAUAUUUUUGUAUCAUUAUGCCUCAAAUUUUCAAUUUGAUGUGUA